AUGAGAUUCACAAAUCUUCUUCAGGAAAUGUUGGAACAAUGUUCAAAUCAAAGCGAGUAUGCAUUCUACAUGCGUGGUGUGAUCGCUCGUAUCGAGGGUGAACUGGAAGAAGCCUUGUCGUGGUUCAGUAAGGCGCUUGCCAUCUCUGCCAACGCGACCACGUAUCUUGUGAAUAUUGGACGAGUUUAUUUCCUCAUGGGCAAUCAUACACUUGCCGUGGAGUACCUGGAGAAAGCUGUGAAGGCGAAUCCGAACGAUUCGAAAGCCUACUACUGGCUGGCUCGUGCGAUCUACCACUUGGACACGGAUUUGUUCAACACGUGUGAAAAAGCACGAGAUUUACUUCUUCAG